AAGGUGGUUGUUCAAAUCAACCACCGAUACAACAACAAGAGGGAAGAGUAAACGUCGAACAGCAACAAAAUGAUAGCAUAACAAUCAUACCGGGGAAUGAUGGUUUCGCCAAAGUCCCUCAUGAAAUAAUGAUGAAUAUCAUGGAUAACCUGGAAGUCAAUGACGUUUUAUCGCUUUCCAUGGUGAACAGAAAACUUCGAGCUCACACACAUGACAAUUACCUAUGGCGUCAAAUAUUAUUGAGCCAGUACGGUGAAAUUGCCAUACAAAAUCAUCAGGAUAAAUUGUUAUUAAACAAUCAUCGGAAAGGAAAAUGGAAGCGCACAAAAAAUAAGCAAAUUCCUUCGGUACCAGAUUGGAAGAAAGUCUACAUGCGUCUAUCUACUGUCAAGGUUAAAACCAAAACUGCCUUCUCAAGGGGUAGACCUGGGACUUUCUACCGUUAUAGAUAUUUUGAUCAUAAGGAUAAUGAGCCUAGCAAUAGGAUCAAACAAAAACAACGUUCCUUCAAUAUUGAAAUUACGAUAAGUAAUGUACCGCCUGGCAUUUAUGACAUUAUUUGGCGUAUGAAGAUUGAUAAAUCCAUCGAGAGACCAAUUGUGCAUUUCUCCACAGAUAUAUGGUUGAGGCAUGACAUUUAUCUAAACUCAUAUGAACGUGAGGCUAAAUAUAAAUAUUCGCCGGACCCGGAAGAACUUGUUAAAUACACACUGGAAUCAAAUGCUACACUGAAAAUAUUACCAAAAAUUCUUCCGUUAAAGUCGGUAGAAUAUGUUUGUUUGAGACCACAUAUUCCGUAUGAUGACUGUCCGAUCAACAAUAGCGAUUUAAAUGGGAGCGAAAUCGUUUGUAAUGAUGCUGAUUAUGAUUAUGAUAGCAUGGACGAAAGUUCUUCCGCUGUACAGAAUAAUUCUAGUUGUAUUAAUAGUGUGAUUGAUUGUGAAAGAAAUACCAAAAGGAAUAGUUUUGGAAAUUUAAAAAAGAACAAAAGGUUAUCUAAGAUAUUAUGCGUUGCCUAA